ACCGUUUUGCAGGAAGCAAGGAAACAAAGUACCACCACCAGCAACUAACCAUAACACACCAGAACCAGAGAGGCACAGAGAAAUCAAAAAAGCCUUUGAUUCAAAGGCUUCGAAUUUCAACCCCACCAACCACAUCAGAAAAAUAUCAUCACUAUCAUCAGCAAGAAGCCACUGUGACAGAGACUUCCCCUCCGACAUUUUCUCUCUUCUUGAAGCAAACUCUUCCUUUGGUGCCCUUCAGAUCUCCUAUUCUCUUUCCUCGAUCUAUAUCCCUCCCUCCUUCUCAUUAGGGUUUUUAAUCUCACCACGGAUAUAUGAUCAUUCUCUGACACGCCCCCUCAAAUCGGUCGCUUCCUUUCCACAGUUUCGAGCCGGCAUCUGGGAUCGGAAAUGGUGGUGUCGGGGCCAAUCACGCCUGGGCAGGUUUCUUUUCUACUGGGUGUCAUUCCAGUUUUUGUCACAUGGAUAUAUGCAGAGUACUUAGAGUAUAAGAGAAGCUCGUCUCCUCCAAAAGUUCAUUCGGAUACUAAUCUUGAUGAAUUGGGGAAGGAGGCAACUAAGGAAGAUGAUCGGGCUGUUUUGCUGGAAGCAGGGCUUACAAGAUCAGCAUCAGCAAAACUCCAUGUUUCAUCCAUCAAACUGAAUCUGAUUAGGUUUCUGACCAUGGAUGAUUCCUUCCUGUUAGAAAAUCGAAUGACAUUGAGGGCAAUGUCGGAAUUUGGGUUCAUUCUAUUUUAUUUCUACACAUGUGACCGCACUAAUGUGCUUGGAGAUUCCACAAAGAGCUACAAUCGCGAUCUUUUCCUCUUUCUCUACAUUCUGUUGAUUAUAGUCUCAGCCAUGACUUCUUUGAAGAAACAUAAUGACACAUCAGCAUUUUCUGGAAGAAGCAUACUUUACCUCAAUCGGCAUCAGACAGAGGAGUGGAAAGGAUGGAUGCAGGUCCUCUUUCUGAUGUACCACUAUUUUGCGGCAGCGGAGAUAUACAAUGCAAUACGUGUUUUCAUUGCUGCAUAUGUUUGGAUGACUGGAUUUGGCAACUUCUCCUAUUAUUACAUUCGAAAAGAUUUUAGCCUUGCACGCUUUGCUCAGAUGAUGUGGCGUCUCAAUUUCUUUGUGGCCUUCUGUUGUAUUGUGCUUAACAAUGACUAUAUGCUCUAUUAUAUUUGUCCCAUGCACACACUAUUUACUUUGAUGGUGUAUGGAGCAUUGGGUAUAUAUAAUAAGUAUAAUGAGAUAAGUUCGGUGAUAGCUGUGAAGAUUUUGGCAUGCUUUCUUGUGGUGAUACUGAUUUGGGAAAUCCCUGGGGUCUUUGACAUAGCUUGGAGUCCAUUUGCGUUCUUUUUAGGUUAUACUGAUCCUGCAAAGCCGGAUGUCCCUAGAAUGCAUGAGUGGCAUUUUAGAUCUGGACUUGAUCGCUAUAUCUGGAUAAUUGGAAUGAUAUAUGCCUACUUUCAUCCAAAUGUUGAAAAAUGGAUGGAAAAAUUGGAGGAGUGUGAAGCCAAGAGGAGAUACACAAUCAAAAUAAGCAUCGUUUCAGUUGCUACAUUUGUUGGAUAUCUGUGGUACGAAUAUAUAUACAAGCUUGACAAGGUCUCUUACAACAAGCUUCACCCCUACACCUCAUGGAUUCCAAUUACAGUUUACAUUUGCCUGCGGAAUUUCACUCAGCAGAUACGGAGUUAUUCAUUGACUCUCUUUGCGUGGCUCGGCAAGAUUACUUUGGAGACCUAUAUUUCACAGUUCCACAUUUGGUUGAGAUCUAACAUGCCAAAUGGACAGCCGAAGUGGCUUCUUUCUCUUAUCCCAGAAUAUCCUUUGCUCAACUUUAUGCUCACAACUGCUAUAUACGUCUUGGUAUCUCAUCGGCUUUUUGAGUUAACAAAUACACUUAAGAGUGUAUUUAUACCCACGAAAGAUAACAAGCGGUUGCUGCACAAUUUUCUCGCUGGCUUGGCCAUUUCCUUUUCUUUGUAUUUCCUCUCACUUGUUCUUCUCCAGAUCCCUCAUUAGAUGGCUUGAAAAGUCAAAACACGGAAGAGAGCUACAUAGACAGUGUCGCCUUCAGAAUGAUGUGCUUCUAAAGAACUUAGUUGAACUAAAAAUAAGGAUACAUUGAAAUGUGGAAUCUCACUUUUGGUAUGGAAGUGUCGCCCUCUCUAACUCCAUCAGAUAUCAACUUUGGUGUUUAUCUGCAUUGAGGAGAUCUGCAGAUACAAGAGGUCAAGGGUUGAACACAGAAAAGUCAGAACCAAUUCUUAUAUAGAUUCAUUUUUUUUUUUCGAGGAUGCAUAAAGGGAGAAGCUAGCUCCGUGUGAAGGUUUCAGUUUUACUUUGUUAUUAUUUUUUUUAAUUUCUUGUCUUGUUACGUCGUUUUUUUUUUUUAAGGAUAAGGAAAAUUGUAUAUUCAUUUUGACAAUGUUAGUGGAAACAUCAAGUUGUAUGACCUUGUUGCCCUUCUUGUUAUAAACUUUAAAAUUUAAUUGGUAAAAUUUCAUUUAA